AUGUUCCAGGUAAUUCAAAACAUGCACUAUUCAUGAGCAGGUAGAAACCUCAGCUAUAUACCAGCUGUCUCUCCAUACACAGAAUGUCUGGAUUUCAGCUUUAACUACUUAAACAACUUGAACCUGACAAUAUUCCCCAUGCUCCGUCAUUUAAAGGUCCUGGAUCUCACAAGAUGUCAUAUUAAGGUUAUUGCUGCCAAUACUUUCCACACCGUGAGGGAUGUAACAACGUUGAUUCUUACUGGGAACCCCAUUGAACACAUUGGCACUGGGCCUUUAAACUCACUGCAUCUCCUACAAAAGCUUGUUCUUGCCGAUAGUGGUCUUCUCUACAUUGAGAAUCAGCAUAUAAACAAUUUAACCAACCUGCAGGAGGUAAAUCUCAGGAUAAACAAUCUCCUCUCCAUGUCCAUCCCAUCUUAUGCCAUCAACUUCACAGACUUCAGGAUGAUGGACCUGCAUGCUAAUAACAUACCGUGCCUUCGAGUGGAUCACACAGCUGUCUUAAGGCAAAUUAUGAACAACAUCACAAUUACACUCAACAGAAAUCCAAUACUACAAAUAGAGCCAGGAGCAUUUCAGAACUUUUACCUAUGGGAACUCAACCUCCGUGAUACAUUUGUAUCAACGGAUGUGACUAAAGACUGUCUUAAGGCACUAGAGGGUCUCAAUGUUGGGAAGCUACUGAUAGGACAUUUCCGCAGCAACGUUAGGAUCAACACUUCAGAUUUCAACUUCUUGGAUGGACUGUGCCACAUCAACAUUCAGGAAAUAUAUUUCUAUGUACAAGAUACAACCCCACCCCAUAAACCAAUCAAGGACCUCAACAUGAUAGCCGCACAUAUGCCCAGGACGUUAGCAGAGCAACAGGCCCAACCCCCACUAAUGCACCCGCCCAAGCCACAUCCUGUGACCUAA